AUGCCAUCUCCUUCUGAUUCUCCCCAUCAGAAAACUUUAUAUGGAGAGAUAGGGCUUGACAGGACGGAGCCAGAAAUGUCUUGGGAUCUGCAGGAGAAGACCAUGGUGCGUUUACUUCAAUUUAGCAUGCCGGUUCGCCCAGUUAUUCUACAUAUGCGGGAUGGAACAGACCAACAUGCUGGGGAGGAUCAGGUUGCUGCCCUCCAAAGGGUCCCUGACAACAGACUUCUGCUGGAAACAGAUGACCCUUACUUCAAAAAGAGUGCAGUCAAAGCAAGUACACCAGCUUUUCUGGGAGACAUUGGUGAUGUGGUCAGCAAACACAGAG